AUGGCGACUAGCAAGUCUGUGCUCAGUCUGGCCACCUUCUCUUUCGGCCUGGCCAUCGGCUUCAUCUUCUGCUAUGUCCUCUUCAGCAUUGUCUUCCAGGAGCGGGAGGAGGCGGUCCCGGUUAUCCUGCACAACGACCCGCACGGAGGGCACUCCGACCACCAGCACGGCGACUCCCUGCCCGGGCAAGUCAUGGACUUCAACCGGGACAGCCAGCAACACCAUGAUGAAGAUGUCCAUGUAUCUGAAGACUUGUACAAGAAGGUGAGAAUCCUUUGCUGGGUUAUGACUGGACCCCAAAACCUAGACAAGAAGACUAAACACGUUAAGGCUACCUGGGCCCAAAGGUGCAAUAAAGUCUUGUACAUGAGCUCAGAAGAAAAUAAAGACUUCCCCACAGUUGGGCUGGAUACAAAGGAGGGCAGAGACCAACUUUAUUGGAAGACAAUCAAGGCCUUCCAGUACGUUUACGACCACCACCUGGACGAGGCUGAUUGGUUCAUGAAAGCCGACGAUGACACUUAUGUUGUGGUGGAUAACUUGCGUUGGCUUUUGUCAAAGCAUAAUCCAGAUGACUCCAUUUACUUUGGAAGGGAGGUUUAAGCCCUAUGUGAAGCAGGGGUACAUGAGCGGUGGGGCUGGGUAUGUGCUUAGUAAGGAAGCCUUGAAGAGGUUCGUAAAUGCCUUCAAGGAAGAAAAAAUGCACCCACAGCUCCUCGGUGGAGGAUUUGGCUCUUGGGAAAUGUAUGGAGAACAUUCAUGUCAAAGCAGGAGAUUCCAGAGACACCAGCGGGAAGGAGACCUUUCACCCGUUUGUUCCAGAACACCAUCUUAUCCAGGGGUAUCUGCCAAGGACUUUCUGGUAUUGGAAUUACAAUUAUUACCCUGCCAUAGAGGGUCCCGGCUGUUGCUCCGACUUGGCAGUCUCCUUUCACUACGUGGAUGCUACAACAAUGUACCAGCUGGAGUAUCUGGUGCAUCAUCUCCGUCCUUACGGCUACAAACACAGAUAUGAUCCUGAGGCUCAGAGUCCCCCUGUGCCGGUUGUAAAAGAGGCAGCGAAGGACGUGAAGACAUAA